AAACCCUCCUGCUCUUCAUAAAAACCCUGACAGACGAAACCCUUCACAGUCGCCAUUUCUCCUUCCUGCUCUCUUCUCUGCUAAACCCCUAAUACCUUCUCUUGUAAAAAAAUGGCGCUGAACUCAAUGCUUCGCAGAGUUGCUUCUACCGUAACUCCUCUCGCAAUUCGAGCCGUUAGAUCUUCGAGAAGCUUCCACAACGCAAUCGCCUCUUCUCUCUCCGUUGAGAAGCGGAUUCUGGAACGCGAGCUACAUCGUGGGGGCUUCUAUCCAUUUAUGCGAUUCUCUACGGCGUCUGCCACAAAGCAUAGCUCUGACGAGAGUCUGAUUGGAGUCCUUCAAUCUGAAAUUGAAUGUGCUGAGACCGAGGAAUCGCCUGAUCAUAAAAUCCUAGAAGAUUUGCCUGAUGGGUUUCCUUUUGAAAUCCAAGAUACUCCCGGUGAAAGAACCAUAUUAUUGAAAAGGCAGUACCAAGAUGAAAAAAUCACAGUUGAAGUUGACAUGCCUACUGUAACUGAGGAACAAGAAGAGAACGAGGAUGAUGAAAAAAAUGAGGAGGAAGGAUAUCAAUCUAGUGUUCCACUGGUUGUGAGUAUAACAAAGGGAAAUGGUCUCUCUCUCGAGUUUGGGGUUACUGCUUAUCCUGAUGAGAUAACAAUUGAUAGCUUGUCAAUUAAACAGCCAGAAGGCUCUGAAGAUCAGCUUGCAUAUGAGGGCCCUGAUUUCAAUGAUCUGGACGAAAAUCUACAAAAGGCAUUCCACAAAUAUCUUGAGAUUAGAGGGAUCAAACCGAGUACAACAAACUUUUUACUCGAGUACAUGUCAUAUAAAGAUAGUAGAGAGUAUUUGCAAUGGCUGAAGAACCUCAAAACUUUCGUGGGGAAGUGACUUUGGAGCAAGCUGCGUUCCGGUGAGUUUGCGAAAGUCUCUCUAGCCUGUUUCAUCCAUUUGUAGUCCAAAUCCGUUUUAGGGUUGUUAAACUGGAUUUUGUACCAUGCAAAGAGAUGAUAAAUACCCGUUGUUGUACUGAAACUCAUUAGGUGUUCAGUAGGCGUUUUGUUGAUUCAUGAUGCAGAGACUCCUUGGAUAGAUAUUAGGUAGUGAUGGUGUUUACUUGGACCAUGUUUGGUACUUGGGAAAAUUUCUACCAUGCCUUGGUUCAAAGCCAAUGCAUUAUAUCUUGAUUGCUAAUAAUUGCCACAUUUAAUAGAAACAAAUUUGAACCAA